UUAGUCUCUGGCUAUGUACUAUACUGUGGAGAGGCUCAACCAUAGGGCUCAACCUACGUUGUUGCAGAAUACCUCCGAGAACUGUGCUAAUGGACUGUCGAUUUAUAAAGAAACGGCAGCCUCGCAAACGUUGCGUGCUGUAGCCCGAGAAUACAUUAAUGAGCUGCAUAAGACACAUCAGUGGUUAUGCCAGAAUUAGAUUUCGGCUGGAUAAAAUCUAGGAACUUGUCGGACUGAGGCGGCCAGUAUAGUUGGGCAGGUGAAAACAAGCAGAGAUGCGAAGCCGCAGUAACUCGGGAGUGAGGCUGGACGGCUAUGCUAGGUUGGUACAGCAGACGAUUUUAUGCCACCAGAAUCCUGUGACAGGGCUUUUGUCAGCCAGUAAGGAGCAGAAAGAUGCCUGGGUCCGAGACAACGUGUACAGCAUCCUGGCUGUCUGGGGUCUGGGAAUGGCUUAUCGGAAAAACGCUGACCGGGACGAAGACAAAGCCAAAGCAUACGAACUGGAACAGAGUGUUGUUAAACUAAUGCAGGGGCUACUGCAGUGCAUGAUGAGACAGGUAGAGAAAGUGGAGAAGUUCAAACACACUCAGAGUACGAAGGACUGUCUCCAUGCCAAGUAUAACACCUCGACCUGCAGCACUGUGGUGGAGGAUGACCAGUGGGGGCAUCUACAAGUGGAUGCCACCUCUCUCUACCUGCUCUACCUGGCCCAGAUGACAGCUGCGGGUCUUCGCAUCAUAUCUAAUUUGGAUGAAGUAGCCUUUGUACAGAACCUUGUAUUUUAUAUAGAGGCGGCCUACAAAGUUGCAGAUUAUGGAAUGUGGGAACGUGGAGACAAGACAAACCAGGGAAUAGCGGAACUGAACGGCAGCUCUGUGGGAAUGGCCAAGGCAGCCCUUGAAGCCAUCGAUGAGCUGGACCUGUUUGGAGCACACGGGGGGCCAAAGUCAGUCAUUCACGUUCUUCCCGAUGAAGUAGAACACUGCCAGUCUAUUCUUUGCUCAAUGCUGCCCAGAGCCUCAACAUCCAAAGAGAUCGAUUCUGGACUCCUGUCGGUUAUUUCCUUCCCAGCCUUUGCAGUGGAAAACAUGGAACUUGUUAAUGUGACAAAAAAUGAAAUCAUAACUAAACUGCAGGGACGUUAUGGUUGCUGCCGAUUUCUAAGAGACGGGUAUAAAACACCAAGAGAGGACCCCAACAGGCUGCAUUACGACCCUGCUGAGCUGAAACUGUUUGAAAACAUCGAAUGUGAAUGGCCAAUCUUUUGGACAUACCUGAUAUUAGAUGGUAUAUUUAAUGGUGACCAGGUGCAGGUGCAGGAGUACAGAGAAGCCCUCGAGGGUAUUCUCAUUAGAGGAAAGCAUGGUAUACGUUUAGUCCCUGAACUCUAUGCAGUCCCACCAGACAAGGUUGAGGAAGAGUACAGCAACCCACAUACAGUGGACCGUGUCCCAGCAGGAAAACUCCCUCACAUGUGGGGCCAGUCUCUCUACAUCCUGGGCAGUCUGCUGGCUGAGGGGUUUCUUGCCGCCGGUGAGAUUGACCCCCUCAACAGAAGAUUUUCAACAUCUUUCAAACCGGAUGUUGUUGUGCAAGUGUCCAUCUUGGCAGAAACCAAAGAGAUCCAGACGCUCCUACACACAUAUGGUAUUAAGGUGGAGACCAUUGCUGAGGUGCACCCCAUUCAAGUCCAGCCUGCCCGCAUUCUCAGUCACAUCUAUGUAAAGCUAGGUAAUAACAAGAAGUUAAAGCUGAGUGGUCGGCCGUAUCGACACAUUGGUGUUCUUGGAACCUCUAAGGUGUAUGUUAUUAGAAAUCGCAUCUAUACAUUUAUUCCACAGUUCAUUGACCAGCACCACUUCUACCUCGCUCUGGACAAUCGCAUGAUUGCAGAGAUGCUGCGGACUGAGCUGGCAUACCUCACUUCCUGCUGGAGGAUGACUGGGCGUCCCACCCUUACCUUCCCCGUCACACACAGCAUGCUCACUGAGGGCGGAGCUGACAUUGACCCUGCUAUCCUCGCCACACUCAGAAAACUGCAGGAUGGGUACCUCGGCGGGGCAAGGGUCCAGACCGGCAAGCUGUCCAGCUUUCUCACCACCUCCUUCCACACUGAGCUGAGCUUUCUGGACCCGGGCUGCGACGACCAGCUGCUAGUGGACGAGGAGGACUACGACAGCAUCGACAACGAUGAAUACCAGCACAGAGACUAUCCACAAGAUGACAUCGAUAAAGAUAAUGUCAAGGAUGAGCUUGAUCAGUAUAUUCAACACUUGCUUCAAAGCACGGCUCCAAAAUCUCACCUCCCCUCGAUCUGCCAGACGCCCGGACAGCACCACGUGUUCAGCGCAGAGCACACCACCCGGGACAUUCUCUCCAUGGUGGCCAAGGCCAAGGGGCUCGAAGUACCCAAAGUUUCAAUGUAUUUGCCUACUGCUAAUGUCCUGAAAAAGCACCGGAAGUCACUGAAUCUGGUUGACGCACAGCCGCAUGAGGUUAAGAAUCCAGACUCUGAUCUGCACUUGCCCAGGGACAGACAUGGCAAUGUUGACUGCCAGUCCCUUGCAGAACAACUGAAGGAAUGUCCUACUCUUCAAGAUCAAGCAGAUAUAUUAUACAUCCUGUAUGUCAUAAAGGGUCCUGACUGGGAUAUGAACCUCUCUGGGCAGUAUGGUGUCACCGUUCACUGCCUGCUCAAUGAGCUUUACUGCCAGGCGGGCAUCAACCAGGAGUGGGGGCUGAUUCGAUACAUCUCCGGCAUGCUGCACAAGAGGGUGGAAGUGCUGGCUGAGGCUUGCACAGACCUGAUUUCUCACCAGAAGCAACUUACAGUGGGUCUGCCUCCUGAGCCUCGCGAGAAAGUUAUUGCAGCCCCUUUGCCACCCGAACAACUGAAUAACCUGAUUUAUGAAGCCAGCGGACAAGACAUAAGCAUAGCCGUUCUUACACAGGAGAUCAUGGUUUACUUGGCAAUGUAUGUGAGGUCUCAGCCCUCCCUAUUUGGUGACAUGCUCCGACUGCGGAUCGGACUCAUCAUUCAAGUAAUGGCAACAGAGCUGACUCGAAGCCUGCACUGUUCAGGGGAAGAAGCCUCCGAAAGCCUAAUGAAUCUCAGUCCUUCAGACAUGAAGAAUCUGCUUCACCAUAUUCUCAGUGGAAAGGAAUUUGGAGUAGAAAGAAAUGUGCGCCCUAUGGAAUCAUCAGCCACCAGUCCUGCAAUCUCAAUCCACGAAGUGGGCCAUACUGGAGCCACCAAGACUGAGAGAACUGGUAUCGUUAGGCUCAAGAGUGAGAUAAAGCAGCUGGAUGAUCGGAUGACACAAAGUUUCUUUUUCAGCAGUCAGUCCAUUGGCAGCAACGUAACGUCUCCUCGCUCCACGAGGUGCAGCAGCCCCUCGUCCCCCAGCGGCGCCAUGUCUCCCACCGGCUUAGGGGGGACCCACAUGAACUGGGAUGAGCGGCAAGGCCAGUGGCUGCGUAGGAGGCGCCUUGAUGGGGCCAUAAACAGGGUCCCCAUGGGCUUCUACCAGAAAGUGUGGAAAAUCCUCCAGAAGUGUCAUGGCCUGUCCAUUGACGGAUACGUGCUUCCUUCUUCAACCACUCGAGAGAUGACGGUAGGUGAGAUCAAGUUUGCCGUUCAUGUGGAGUCAGUGCUGAACCACGUCCCUCAGCCUGAGUACCGGCAGCUGCUGGUAGAAGCCAUCAUGGUCCUCACACUGGUGGCGGACAUGGAGGUGCAUAGUAUCGGGGGGAUAAUCCACAUCGACCACAUUGUACACAUAGCCAACGACCUGUUCCGGCAAGACCAGAAAGCGCAUGGAGCAAGUGAAUACUUCUUGGAGCAAGAUCCAGCCACCGGAAUUUGUAACCUUUUCUAUGACAGCGCCCCUAGUGGUGGCUUUGGUACUAUGACAUACCUUUCCAAAGCAGUCGCUACCUACGUACAGGAUUUCCUUCCAAAUACAAGUUGCCUGAUGCAAUAACAUUGCAGGACAGGAUUUUUUAGUUGUUAGGUAGAGGAAUACCUGAUUGAGGUGAGAUGUAAAUCACACUACAUCACUGUGGUUGUACAAAACUGUUAAAUAUGUAUAACUAGGUACUAUUUUAAUCAGUAUUAUAAGCAGUCAUGGUGCCAAAUUCAUCUUCAGGUAUAUGGGUCAUUUGACAGAUGUGGUAGUUAUUUAUUUUAUUAAAGCAUGUGUAUUCUUGUAGGAAUGGAGAACUGCUGGCAUUCUGUUUCAUUGCGUAACCUGAUAUACAUAGUCCUCUGAUGGAAACAUAAACCAAACAAAUGGGCUGCAUGGUGUGUGAAAAAGGGUUACAUACAUGUACAGUACCAUAUUAUUAUUAUUAUUAUUAUAAUUGCUGAACAUGAGAAUACAUAUUAGGCCUGUGACUGCAACAGUAAUUGCCAUAACUCUAUGGUAAGGUAGAUCUAAUAAUACUGCUGGCUAACUCUUACUCAAGCAUAUAUAUAUAUAUAUAUAUAUAUAUAUAUAUAUAUAUAUAUAUGCUUGAGUAAGAGUUAGCCAGCUUGUUGAGUUUUGUUUACAGUGCUUAGGUUGUUAUCUCACAGUUUGUAGUUCAAAGUUCUCAUUACUUGAAAUUUUUUAAACUCCUCCUAUCUGUAGAAUGACCCAUAUUGUGGCUAAUUCAAAUGAUUGUGGUGAAAUAACUGCACUUUGGAAAUAUUUUAAUAAUUAUGUUUUCUGAUAUGAGGUUUUAAAUGAGUGUUGAAGCUGUAAUACUGUUUUAACUGUAUUGAUACUCUUUUAUAAUGAAGACUAUGAGUGUUUUGUACCUGCCGUUUACCGGUUCAUGAUAAAAACCUUAGUGAGGGCAUUAUACAGGGCUAUGUGGAGCUGCUCAUCACACUCUACAACAUGCCUGGUUUUCCGUUGAGAGGACCAUUUACUAAAUAACACAGUCAUACCAUGCUAGAGAAAGCAAAUAUAAUGCAAACAGCACAAGUCGUGGCAGAAAAUGUACAGUAUUCUGCUAAGUUGUCACAGUGAACUCUCUACAUAUUGUUACUCAGCUCCAUAGCCUGCAGUGCUCAAGAUCACAGGCGAUUGGUACAUAAUAUAACACAAACUGCUACCCAACUCCAUGGCAACGUGAUGCCUGGGUUGGCCACCACUCUGCUAUGAUCAAAUGAUUCCCCCUUCCUGUUGAAAAAACGGAGUCCUACUAAUUAGCUCAUUGAUUCUGCAAGCACUUACAGUACUUUCAUCAAAGAGGUCAAACGCAGAAUUCUCCAUUCAGCUUUCAACAUUCAUGGUUUGAUUUUGUACUUGUGGCACCGGGUCAAGUUUCUGAUAGUCUAUGUCAACAUAGGGUUAAAUGCCAUCUGAUUUUCAGAAGGUGUCUGGAUUGUAUUUAGAGAGACCUAAAUACUGUAUAUUUGGAUCCAAAAAUGUGAAAAUCUGAAAUGGUAAAAUUCAGUUAAAAGACUGCAAGACAGCAAAUGCUGGUUUUGGCUCAUUGGCCACAGGAAACUGUAGUCUGUGGUAAAACAGUGAAUUUAUAUUCUUUUUAAUUUAAACUCUGAAUAUGGUAAUAAAGCAGAGCAAAUUACUGCAUCAUGUUAUUAUUUUUAAAUGUAUUAAUGUCAUUGAUCUUUUUAAAUAGGAAUAAAAUACUGGAUUCAAUGUUAA